AUGCGGACACCCCAGACACCCCCAACACAAGGCGACAUGACCUCAAGUCGAUUGUGCGACGGCGUAGACGAAUUCGAUGCGGCCGCGAACAAGUUGAAGAAGAUUGAAUCGACCUUCGAGAAGUUAUUGGAUGCGAAGAGAAAGCAACUGGAUAUAAAUGCCACGCAAGAAAGCGAUGAUUUCCAACUCGUAAAUCACCAGGACAGCGAAAUACAAGGACGUAAGACGAUGACGAAGAGCCAGCUUGAGUGCAUACAAGAUGCCCACUCCCAGUUAGCGGAUGCCAUCCACCAGAUCCGCACAUUACGUCAACAAAAUACCGCACUCAAGGAACAAAUUACCCAGAUGGAAGAAGACAUGGAAGCAGCGGCACAAUGGAUACUGGCCGAGGACGCACUUACCAGAGCUCGGAAGGAGGUACGUGAAGACGAGAGCUCACGCAUGCCGAUCCGUUCUAGACCAUCGAGACUGGGAAAGCGGCCGAGCUCGAAGAUAAUUAAGGCAGUCUCCGCCCUCAACGAGAAGGUCCAGGAUGAUGCCCAACGAUAUUUCGACAAUCUGGAGCGCGCAGGAUGGCAGUCGGAGAGUAUCCCGGCCGAACUUCAGAAGAAUGCCAAACGCUUGCUGGGUAAACGAUUGACGUCGUUUUUGGUCAAACAAUCCGAGACCCGCGACGUUAAGUACCCCGUGCUCAUGAAGACGGUGAUCGAGGUUUACCUAUUUCACUGGUGCUUCGCCAUCAUUGAAGGCUUGUAUCCAAAGCAAAGGUCUUUCGAAGACUUGCUGCUUGAUCUUUCCGCAUUACACCUUGGGCAUAAAAACGUCGACCUGAAGUGUCCUCAGAAUAUUAUCCAAAUGAAAUCUCAUCGCCCCGAUUUCGACGAGUGGGUGUCGGAUUUACUUCAAGAACUGGAACUCAUCCUUGCAGUUGGAGACGUCCGCCUCCAAUCCGAAGACUCUGCGCCUGGUACGCUCCGCCGACUGAUUAAGUCUGCGUAUGACCUCCGCCGCGCUUUGGCGGAGCGAGACCUCCACGGUAACAUAAAGCUCACUAUGCCGGUUCCAAAUACGGUCUUCAAGCCAGAACGCAUGGACGAAGCGCCGUUGCAGCGAGUGCCCGGUUGGGUCCGGUUACUCCGUUCUACGAAUCCUGGCGAGGCGAACCGUGUUGCCGGGACCAGCUCUUUGGGAAUAACCUGCGAAGGAGACGAUGGGACAAAAGAAAUCAUUGUCAAGCCCGUAGUUACAUCUUACACCGUGAUUGAGGACGAAAUCAGCCUCCGUAAUAUGCGUUCUGGUGUCCACGAUUCGCUGUAUAACUAUCACCGCAGUCGUUCUUUGCGCGACUGGCCUGAAUCAGAGAGGAUAUGA